UCCAGAGCUCUCCCUCCUCCCGGGUACCUGCCAAGCCUGGGAGGCCUCGGAGCUGCAGCGGCUAGAGCAGGAAGCAGGGAGGGGAAGACGAGCGACCCAGCCUCCCUCCCCCACCCCCGCCCCAUUCACCUCGGCGACCGUCGCGCGUAGGGACCUGAUCGUCGGAAGCCGAGGCUGGGACGGGAUUCUGGGCACGCUGGCGAGUGAGCCGGCCUGUCGGCGUCUGAGUGGGCUGCAAAGAAAAUGGUGCAAUCUGAGAGCGGUUGACCCUAGUUGGGCAGCGCAGCUGCGGUGCUAGAGUACCAGGACUCAGGUAGCAGGAGAAGGGGGCGGGUUGUUUUGAGGAGCCGGGACCACGGUUUUCCUCCGUGCCUGCAGCAAUUUCGGUGCACCUGGGCGGCACGCUCUCGGGCAUGCAGGAAGCCAGGUGAAGUGAGGCAGAGGAGGGUCUGGAGGCAUUCGGUGGACACUCCAAGGAGAAGACCGCGCUGGAGAGAGCAGCAAGACGCCCAGUGGGCUAGCUGAGGGCAGACUGCGCGCGGCGACUGCGCGACCCUGUCCAUGGUGUUGAAGGCGCUGUGCGCGGAGCUCCGAGCGCCCGGCGCCGCUCGCCCUGCACGGUGCGCCCUCCUCUGCGCAGCCCGCCCCCCGCUCGGGUCAGCUGCCGCCCAGUCUCUGCAAACCCCGGGCCAGAACUCGUCCGAUAACGCCGCUCCAGUGUUCGCGCCGUCCGCCGGAGGGGACGCCUGAAUGGCGAGGCCAGAGGCAGACAACACGGAAGCUCGCGCGGUAAGGUGGGCAGAGACCGUGCGUCCGCGGGAAACCGGUCUCUGAGAGCCCCGCGUGGACCAGAAGGAACAAGGGACCUGCUGGUGACCAGGGAACGGAAUUUUUAAAAAGACCCGAUACAGAGGAAGAACAUUUCUGGGUGCGCAUCCCAGGUCUUCGCUUACAGACCGGAAAGGGGGAAGAGUCCCUGAAAGGGAGACCCAGGCGAGACUCAGGACAGUUGUCCUUGGCAUCUGGAGGUUUCCUUCGCCGGACGGCCACAUCGGGGGUGUUUCAGUCGGUCGACUAGCGGCUUCUCUGGACAGCACCCACCCUCAUCUUCCCCAGAAAAUCAGGAGAAUCGGUCGGCUCUCUACGCUGCACAAAGAGAUCCCAGCAAGCUCCGCCGCGGUUGCGGACACUUGGCAUUUAGUUUCUCAGCCGAGGGCAGUGGCUCCCGAAACUCGGCCGAGCGCCGAGGCAGCUGCCUUGGAGCAGUAGCUUCCUGCGUGGCGGGGAGGGGGCGGGAAGCGGCCGUGUCGAGUUCGCCGCCGCGGGAGGCUGCACCGGACCCGGAGGAUGCCCAGGAGCCCGCAGGAGUCUCGCCGGAUCAGAACUUUUUAGGCUGCCCGCCCCCAUCCCCGAAGUCCCCGGGUGGUGUACCGGUAGGCGGGGGCCCAGGGGGCGCCGAGGCUUGAGUCCCCCUCUGGUCCCCAUCCCCCAGCUCGGUCGCCCGCCGCUUUGUUCCGGGCGCGCGGAGGGAAGGCGAGGCUGCGGCGGAUCAUGCCCAUGGUGUAGCCGCGAAGCGGAGGCAUGGCUGCCGGAAGGUUACUGCUCUACACGGGCCUCUCGCUAGCGCUCUGCGCCCUGGGCAUGCUGGCCGUGGCCAUCUGCUCCGACCACUGGUACGAGACCGACGCUAGGAAGCACAGGGACAGGUGCAAGGCCUUCAACACCCGCCGGGUCGACCCUGGCUUUAUUUACAACAACAACAACAACUUGCCGCUCCGGGCGAGCCGUUCACGCCUGGACCGCUGGGAGGGCAAACUCCUCCGGGCCCGGAAUCGCCGGCAGCUCUUCGCCAUGAGCCCGGCGGACGAGUGCAGCCGACAGUACAACUCCACCAACAUGGGCCUCUGGAGGAAGUGCCACCGGCAGGGCUUCGACCCGGAGAUCGCCGCCCUCAUUCGGAAAGGAGAAAUUGAGCGCUGCACGUACAUCAAGUACCACUACUCCUCAGCAACCAUCCCCAGGAACCUCACUUUCAAUAUCACCAAGACCAUCCGUCAGGACGAGUGGCAUGCCCUGCACCUACGCAGAAUGACGGCUGGCUUCAUGGGCAUGGCGGUGGCCAUCAUCCUCUUUGGCUGGAUCAUCGGCGUGCUGGGCUGCUGCUGGGACCGAGGCCUUAUGCAGUAUGUGGCAGGGCUUCUCUUCCUCAUGGGAGGAACCUUCUGCAUCAUUUCACUGUGCACCUGUGUGGCUGGGAUCAACUUUGAGCUGUCACGCUACCCACGCUACCUGUAUGGACUCCCGGAUGACAUCAGCCAUGGCUAUGGAUGGUCCAUGUUCUGUGCGUGGGGGGGCCUGGGCCUCACGCUAAUCUCGGGGUUCUUCUGUACCUUGGCCCCUUCUGUCCAACCUGUCCCGAGGACCAACUGCCCUAAAUCCAGACCCGAGAAUGGGACAGUGUGCUAAAAAACAAACCCAUACAUAUAUAUAUAUAUAAAUAUAUAUAUAAUAUACAUAUAUAAAACAAAACUAAAUCAAGAUGAUGCCAGUGCCAAGGCAGAGUUGAGUUGGCUCAGGCACCUGCAUCUCGCCGGACUUUGUGUUGCCUCAUCACCAAGAUGGGGAAAGUGUUCCCAUCCUGUGGCUCUUCCAUCAAUUCUUGACUUUUGGCUUCACGGUUUCUUGAAGACAAAGCAACCACCACCACCUGCAGUAGCAUCUUGAUCCCCCUCACUCAUGAGGACGUGGUGGGGAGCUGGAAGGGACAGUGGCAGUGGUCUGGAGCAACCCAGAUGUGAGAAGGAAGUGCCACGCACUGGGCCAGCAGGAGAGGACACCACCCCCAGUCAUGUCCCAGGGAAGCGUGGCCCCUAGUUCAUAGAAUGUAACCACAUCUUCGAGGCCAUUUUCAGUACCACUUCUCCUGCUCUUCCUGUCUGAGCUCCUUCCUGGCCCACCAGCGACACACAAGGAGUAGAAGAGAAAACAAACCAAGAAGGAAGUUCUCUCUUUGUGGUCAAACUUUUGGACAAAAUUUUAGAGGUGGGAAGGGGAGAGAACAUGCUGAGAGGCAAGAUCCACACCAAUGAAAGGACACUUCAGUGGAUGCUCAGAAAACCCAGUCUUACCUUCCAGCUGCCUUACACCCAGUUAACAAGAGGCCACCCCGUCCUCCCCACCUGCACUCCCUGGGCAGAUAGGAGCCUUGGAGUAAUGCUGUGAUGUGGUGUGAGUGUGUGAGUGUGCGUGUGUGUGUGUGUGUGUACAUUGGGUGGUUUCCUUUAUUUCUUUUCCACCUUUUAAAUGGAAAUAUCGCAUUUUGACCAUUGUCUCUAUCACUGUAGUGGUUUCAUGGCCUGAGAUGGAAGCCCAGGUUCCUAGAAAGUAUCAUGAGGGGCAGGCCUCUAUGGAUGCCCGUGCUUGAUGCUGCGGCUACAGAUGUCUGAAUUGAGGGAGAGAGAGAGAGAGAGAGAAAGAGAGAGAGAGAGAGAGAGAGAGAGAGAGAGAGAGAGAGAGAGAAUGAAUGCAUGUGGUGGAUGCUGCCUGAGUGGGAGGUUUUAUCAUCUGGGUUGCAUUUUAUGUAUUAUUUUUGGUGCAGCAGAAAGUCCCAGAGGGCAGAACCAAGAACAAAACCACUGGGCCAGGGGACCCUGUGGCUCUGCACAUUACAGUUCUGGAUCUCCACAGGAUUUAGUCCUCUAAUUUUGGAAGUUCAAGACACAGAGGGGCACAAAAACCAUGAGAGAAGAGGGGGGAACACACAGUUCGGGAGGGAGAAAGAAUGUCGCCUCUGGUUGCUGUUGUGCAAGUAUGUAUACCAAAUGAGACCUUCACUCCCCACCAUGGGGGCUGUCCUUUGUCACUGGACAUCUACCCCUGUCCUAGGGGUGACCUCUGUACAGAUGAAGGAAAUCGAGUCACAUGCAGAGAGAACACCUCCAUUACCCAUGGGCUCAAAUUUGUAUGAUAUUGUGUAAAUUAACGGAGAACUCUUGACUUUCCAUCUUCUUCCCUUUCCUCUUGAUAUUCAAGGCCAUGAAUCCCAAAACAGCUGUCUUAGUGGCUGGCACCCAAACCGAGGUGAAAUCAAUCCACCCCAGUGUCUCAGGCCCACUUAAACAAAAUGGCACUGCAGGUGCUGGUGAGUGAAGAAGUCAGAGUUGUGGGUGCUGCAGGAGCAGGAGCUGCUCAGUCACCUCAGGGGCCCUGCUGGUGCCCAGCAGCCCCAGGAGAGGCAGGGGGAGAAUCCCUGAGCUGGCGUAGCCAUGGUCUGUCUACCUUGUAGCAGAGAAUCUAGUUAUUUUGUAACUGAGAUGCGUCGGGAACUUCGCUGCCCACCCAGCAUCCUGCCUCCCCGUGUGCUGAUCCGUCACCUGUCUUCCAACAAGUUUCCCCCUUUGCUUACCUACUGACCGUUGACCCUGUCACCUUCCACCCACCAGGCUGUCAGUCCAGCCUGCCCUCUGCUCUUUUGACUGUGUGUGAUCCAUAUCUGGCUAUGAUGUCUGACGUACUUGAACAGGCUUGAGUGUGGACUCUAUUCGUGUGUAUCUCUCUGGUGCAUUUUGCUUAUUUGUGUUAACACACACCUGCACAUAGGUUUGGGUGCCCUGCUCAAGACUCCCUCUCCAGGGAGCCUGGUCAGCUUUUGCAGAAGGUCUCAUGUGUGAGUGCCCUUGGUGUGGGUGAGGGGAGUGAGCUGGGCAGAAGGAAGUGCUGUUGGUUCCAAGGGAGGUUCCAAGGAUUGUUUUUAAGACCAAGGAAUUAUCUGAGAAGAGAAAUAAUUUUCAGGAAACUAGUUUUUUAAUUGAGAAUUUUAUUUUUGUUUUUCUUUGAAAGUUUGAUCUCUACCUUUAGGGGAAUGGCGUACUUGGGAGAGGGGAAGAGUAAAGAAAAGUAUCUCAGAUUGAGAGGCCUUGUAAUUUCUUACCAAGCAUCUUGAACCAGACAGGGACAGCAAGUAUCUAUGAGCAUCCAUUUGGGGCAGAGGUUAAUCUGUAACUAGAUGAAAAUUCCAGCUGUUUUCCAGUUGCAGAAAAGUAAGGGAAACAAUCUUAAAUGGGACAAUUUUCCAUCAACUGUUUAAACUUCAGUAACCAUAUCUUAAGUCACUGGCUCACAGAAUUAUCAUUAUUUAUACCCUCUUUUCUUACACAUACUUGCUACAGAUGUAUCAUCUGCUCAAUCCAGUACUUAUCUUUGUGAUGAAACUUUAAGGAAGCUUACUGCAUCCCUUUGAAACUUGAGCAUCCCUGAGAUGUUAGAAGGACUCUCAGGAAGGAUGUAGAACAUCUGAGUCAUCUCCACAUCAACAGAGCAUGGCCUUUUAACCCUUUGAUAGUGGGCCAGAUAGGUACAGAUACAUGCACUCUUGGGUCUGUCCUGCUUGGGAACAGAAACAUGGCCAGGCACAUAGUCAGAAUGGAAGCCCCUGUCCAGGAGGCAAGUCCUAGCCAAUGAGAAAAGAGCCCAGGUGACCCUGAUUCCCCAAAGCAGAGGGGCUUGACCAUAGAUUAAAACACACCCCUCCAAACACUUUCCGAAGCUUCCUGACUGUGAGGUGGCUGAGCAAGAAGCAAAAAAGAGAAGAGACCUGACCUGUGAGACUUUCAAAGCCAAACUCUGCUAACUCCAAGUUGAACUGAACCGAACCUAAUGAGGGGCUUAGGGUCAGUGGUCUCUAUAAGACCCCAGGUUCCCAUCUGGGUCAAGUUCAAAUUCCUUAUAGUGUAUGUAAGCAAAGUGUUUAACUAGCCUUAUACUGUGAGCUCCAUGCAAGUCAACCUUGAGCACAGGGCCCAUUUCAAAUUUUAUUUUCUCCCCUACAAGAUUAGGGAUUCAGAAAAGUGAGACGUUUGCCCAGAGAGAAAGAUCCCAUUUUUCUCUCUCCUCAUUUUAGGAGUUACAAUUUCCUUUUCUGUUUCUUUUCUUCCCACCCUUUUAGUUGCCUUCUGAACCUACCUUAGUCAAUUAAGAUAGUUAAGUGCUUCAUAUCUAGAAAGGGUAGAGAUAGACUACCAGUAGCCCCCAUCUUUAUUUGUUGUAGCUUUAGGUUUCAUAAGGAGAUCUGUGGUUCACUGGCAUCAAAAUAUCAAAAAGAGAAGACUGUACCCAUUCCAGUUUCAACCUUCCCACAAGUCCUACCCUUUCAACAACUCUACCUUUUCACCUCCAGGGAUCACAAAGUCAAAGACUGGACAGCUCCACCAAAUCAAGACCAGCUUUCCUCAACCUCACGUCCCUGUGUAGCACUUGUGGCCCGGGUACCAUGUUGGUCUCUUCUCCCAUUGGUAUUUCCACCCAGCAGUGCUGCCUUUCCUUCCAAGAAGAGAGAGUAUCUUGAGACUGUCUCUCAGUAUUGGUGCACUCAUGAUAAAGGGCCUGACACACGCACCAUGUGUGGUUGUCCUGAUUUAGUGGAAGAAUGUGCAGUUCAGGGCUCCGAAGCUGCCCCCACCCCUGAGCCAAAUGCAGACUUAAAAAAUCAAAUACAUCAUUUGGAGGCAUUUAGAGAGAACUAUUUUCACCUGGCUUAUGCUGAGAGUGUUCAUGAGUGUUCAUGUUUCAAGUAUCCAAGGGAAGGAGUGGGAAGAAAUACACACCCCAGUUGCUUGGUUGCUUCUUACAGUUCAAGUGAGGCUGCUUUUCUAAACAUGUUCUGUCUGCUCCUGGGACUAGGUAUCACAGUGAACAUAUCUAGUGCUGUCCUGGUAAACGUGAUAGGUCAGAGUGAGAGGUGAUUUGGGCACAUAUAGAAACCAUUGGUGUGUACUAGCUGGACUGUCUUUGGUGCUGUCUUCCACUGGUAUGACAGAGAAAGGGGACAGAUUUUUAAGCAAGCCCACCACAGAAUUGAUAAACACAAGUGAUUCUACUGUCUCUCAGAACAGUCGACUUCUGGGACUGUACUGGCCAUCUUUCCAUCAAUUUCAUGGUGUAAAAUGUUUCUUAAACAUUAUUUCCAGUUCUUAGAAUAUGUUAAUAUCAGCCAUUGAGUUUUUUUAUUUGUUCUAACUAGUUAUACAAUACAGUAGAAUACAUUUAUACAUUUUGAUAGAUCAUACAUAGAGUAUAAUCUCUCAUUUUCUGAUUAUACAUAUUGCAGGAUCACAUCGCUCAUGCAGUCAUACUUGUAUGUGAGGCAAUAAUGUCUCACUCUACUAUCAUUCCUUCAGCUAUUGAGUUUUUUCUCCCAAGUUAUACAUGCUCAUUGUAGACAAUUAUAAAAGUGAAAAAUAAAAAGACUAAGAUAUUUGCCAUAUUUCCAUCAUAGUGUCAUCUACAGAAUACCCAGUCAUUAUGGUCACAGCCCCAGAUGUUUCCAAUGAAUGUUUUCUCUGGGUUGGCAAAUGGAGCUAUGAGCACAUUUCAUGGCUACAGAACCACACUGCUCUGCAUCACUUUGGCCCCUCAGUUCUUGGCAUUAGGAGCACAGGUUUCUGAGCCCCCAGAGCUAGCAAAGAGGGCAUGAAAGCUCAAUGCUAGAAGGUGGAACAGGGCUAAAAGGUUCCUGUUGGGUAUUUCUCUCUCUCUGUCUCCUUCUCUGUCUCUCUCUCCCCUACUUGUUCUUUUUCUUCCAGGUGCCAUCUCAAUCUAAUCAUGGGUGUAAGAGCACUGAAGCCAGAGUAACUCACUAAUUAAGCUACACUUGUAUAAUGCAUCUACUGUAAAUUUCAUUUCUGCUCUGCACUAAAAUGAUUUGUGACUCUGGGCACUGUGUCUUCUCCAUACUUGAACUUCCUCAUCUACAAUGUGAGGAUGGUGAUAACACUUUACCUCAUGGUAUAUUAAGGGUGACAAAGAAAUUGCAAAGGGAUUUGCAAACAUGAAGUGUCAUAUGAAUUAUGCACUGUUCAAGUUAUUUACAGCAGCAGAGCCCCCACUGAAGUGGAAUUCUUGCAUCUAGUUUCUGUGCCUUGCUGCUAAAGGGAUAGGGAGGUCAUCUUGGUUGCUGAAUAGGACUUUACCUGCCCACCGGAAGCACAUGGGAUUCUCUUCUUCAUUCAGACCCUCCAGAGAAAUUGGCUCCUAAUUUACUUCACAUGUUUCCAGACUCCUUCCCAUCAUCCAAAGCCAGUUUUGCAAAGGGCACUAUUGUCCCUCUUGCUUAUUCUGAGAAGAGAUGGAACAAGUAAGCCUUGAGCUGAAACAGUUAACUUCUAACCCAGGCAUGUGGUUAAUGCCUAGUUGUUUGUUUUUAGCAAUUCUAGCAUUAUUUCUAGCUGUAUCUGCCCAAGUGGUAGGCACAAGUCAGAUUCCGAAAGGUUUAAUGAUUUUCAAGCUUAGAAUGAGAGUGAGUUUCAAGGAGCUAGGGCCUGCUUUCUCUUGCCCAUUGGAGAAGCCCAUGACUUCAUUGGAAGCCUCCUGGUUCUUGCAGGAAGUCCUCUGGGUGGAACACACACCAGGAUGGGUUCUAAGUAUGAUCUUGUAUGGGAAAAUCUAAAUCCUAGAUUCUAAAUGAGAAAAGAAUGUACUCCCAAAAGGGUCUGCACAUUUUCUGCUUUGCAGUAGGUCAGUGUUGUGUUGAGACCUUCUCCUGGGGAAGUUCAAGAAUUGCUGUUCACAUAACUCAGCCUGGAAUGGGGGAAACACAACCACAGGGGUGCUUGUUAAGUGUCAAGAAACAGAAAGCUGGGUCCCACCGGGGAGUGCCCAGCAGCAGCUCAACCUGGCAUCCCUUUGACAGACGCCAGCCUCUCCUCUUCAUCCCCGAGGACUGGUGUCACUCCCUGAGGAACUCUGUGUCCCUCUCUCUCCUGGACCCCAAGCAUUCCUUUCCUUUCUGGGUGGCCCAUGGACCCUUCCUCGUCUGUGUGUACCGGUGUGUCUGUGUUGUGAGUGUGACGGUGCCUUUUACAGAGUGCUUUCCGGUAUCAUUCAUACGCCUUGCCCAUCUCCAUCCUUGGUGUGACUGUUUUGCUAUUCAAGACUUUCUGUAAAAAAUGUACAAAUUAAAGUGGAAACUGAAAAUAAAGGGGAGGGGUUUGCGACUACGCACACGCAAUGUUGUAGCCCUCAGUUUUCUGAGGACUUAGGUGGAUCGCCCUAGAAUCCUGACUCUGGUGGCAUUUUAGGGGAGGGAUGGUGUGGCACAGGUGAUUUUUCUGGUUGUUUCUCUGGCAGUCAUUUAGAGUUCUGUUCUAAGGGGUUUGCCUUGAUAGUAAAAUUUAUCUCCCCCAACGUAGAAGCAUAUCAUCAAAGUCAGAAGGGCCAAGGUCAUGGCAAAGGUCAACACAGAGACCUGAUCCUGAGGUGACUUCAGCAGCUCUGUUACUGGCUCACUUGGGGCCUCGGGUGAGUCUUGUUACCUCACCGUGUCUCCAUGCCCUCUCAACCUAACGGGGAGUGGGGGAGCUUUCGGAACUCCUGGGACACCGAGUCUCCUUGUCCAUUCUGCUGCUAUUUUUAGAGAGACUCUGCCCAUGCUGGCUGGUGUGGGCUUACGUACUGUGUUGAGGUCAAUCAGGAGUUUUUCUCCCCACCACUCUUGACCCAUGCUUUUACUCCUCAGAAAGUCACCUCAAGCCAACAGCCAGUUUGUGCUCAGAGUCCAAAGCCUUUUAUCUACCUUUUCAUUCUCAGAUGCCUUUUCCCACCCACUUUGAUGAUCUCGUUUUAUCAUCUCUACCGACAGCUUUGCUGCACCGUGCCGGGGUAGGAGAAGGAGCCUCAGAGGAGAUGAGGCAUGUGGAUGGCCUUGUAAUCUGUGACUUGCUCUGCAAGUGUGGCUUUCCAUGUCAGAGAAGGAGGUCUGACCCAGGGUUGCCACCCAUGGCCAUGAAGAAGGCAGUGGCGGAUGUAGGGGAGGUGGCCAUGUGCAAAAAUGUGGAUUGACAGUGACGGUUAGAAGAAGGGGACUUUUGGAUGGAGAUGUGGCUGAAUCACCAGAAUGCCCUCAGUGUAGCAACAGAGAAGGAUCCCCAAGACAGUCUCCCUGAGUAGGAGGAAGCAGGAAAGAGCAGGAACAGAUGAUCCUACUGCACCAAGAGCUGCCUGCCCUCAAGACGAGAACAGUACCUUCCCAGAGUGGGGAGGCAGGCCAGGGUUGGCCAACGGCAGCGCCUCUCUCCACCCGACGGUCACGGGCAGCUUCAGUCUGCAUCUUCCUCUUCUCUGAUGAUGCAUGCUGAUCCUCUCUGGGACCAGUGUCUGGUAGGUGAUUUAGACCCCUGCUGUCCAAGAGGAAUACAUGAGCCACAUAUGCAAUUUUACUUAUCUUAAUAGCCACAUCUCCAAAAGCCCAGCGAAACAGGUGAAAUAAAUUUUCACGAUAUAUUUUAACCCAACAUAUCAAAAAUAUCACUUAAGUGUGGCAUCAACAUAAAUCACAGAGAUAUUUUAUGUUCUUUUAUUUUAAAUUUUAAUCUUCUAAAGUCAGUGUGAAUUUUACUCUGAAAAAAAAUUUUUUUUUUUUUUUAAUUUGGAUCAGUCACAUUUCCAGUGUUCAACGGCCACAUGUGGCUUCUGGCUGCUGGUAGGCCAGUGCAGAGUUAAGGUCUUCCUUAAGAGUCUGAGCGGGCCGCUUCUCCCUGUGUGUCACUAACUACCAAGAUCUCAUCGCUGCUAACAGAGGCAGGAGGCUGCAUUGCUGAGAGUGGAAAGCACAGAGCAAUGUCCAGGCUGCUGUCUUAGCUUCUGGAAGUUCUGUUUCGCCUACGUAGUAAGGAACACCAUCCUAAUGACCUACCAAGUCCUAGAGGGCAAAGUGGGUCAUGUUCUUUAGUUGCAGGAGCAUCAGCCAUUGCCUUAUGGUGUCGUUUCUUCCUCAGUGGGGAUGGGUAGACAGGCCUCUCUGUGAAGAAAAGAGUUGCAUGACCACCCGUCCUCUGGUGCAGUUACCUACUAAGAACAUCUCACCAAUAUUUGGAGCUGUUUUCUCCAUUCCUUAAUUUUCUGUCUGAAAAUCAAAUGCUUAAAAGGAGGUACACUGGGAAGGGCAGCAGCCACAGGUGGGCUGGGUCUCCUGGGAGGUGGCAGUGACAAGUUCUAUCCUUGCACUGUGACUCAGGCCACCAUUGCCUACCUCUCCUCUCUGCUUACACACCUUCCUUGGGUUCGAAGAAGCCUCUUUUGUUCAGGAAAAAGACAAGUAGCAAGAUCUUAGUGUAGAGAACAGAAUAGAACACAAGCAACCAACCCCUGGGCAUUCUUGAAGCAUUUCAAAGAGCCAGUAUGACAAGGUUGGAUUCGUUUAAAAUAUAACAUUCUGAGCCCUGUGUUACUGAGCGAGAGAAAAUGAGCUGAUUUGGUGAGUAUGUUUUAUAUAUGGUCAUUAGACAGGGACCAUCGCCGACAAAACUCUUGAACACCUGGAGUGUUUAUGGUCCACCAGAUUAUUGCUCAGUCGAUAUAAAUUUAUUUACCUUCACUUUAAUUUGCAUAGUGCUUUCUGAUUGGUUAGACAAGGAGUGGUGUAUACUGCAGGACUCUAACAACUCUCCCCUUGGAGGUAGCAAUUCCUGUGGUUAUUGGUGCUAAAAUAAGAUUAAAUAUUAUGUUAAUUCGUUCUGAUAUGAUGUGAAUAAAUGUAUUGUUUAAUCUUAACAAGAAUGCUACAUCUUAUCAGAUCUAUUGUACUGUCUGUUCCUUCUCAUACUUAAUUAAUUACAGAAAAGGUGAUCCAAACCAGAUCUUGAAACUCUUGUGAUUUCUAAGAGGAAUUUAACAGGGAAGUGGGAGGGGGGAAUGAAAAGGGAAAUUGCCAGGUUCCUGUGACUUUGAAAAGACUGAGGAAGCAGAGAGCAUUUGGGGACUUCACUGAAACUGACUGCAUCUUGCAAUUUUCUUUUUCAAAUUGGCAGAAAUAUUGUAUUUCCAUCGAUUGAAGAAAAAAAGUGUCUGGUAAUUAAUUAAAUGACUUGUUCAUGGAAAAAAAUAAAAUAAAUAAUCUGUCAGUUGUGGAAUGUAAACUGAUUAAACAAUUAAAUAAAGAAGAUCAUGU